UUAAAACACACACAGUACUAAGUAGUGCUCCGUCUCGUUCACCACCAAAGACACUCUCUUUCCCCAAGGGCGGAGCGGAUUCAGCAUCUCGAUCUGCCCCCUUCCCCACCCUCCAAGCUCCUUCUUUUCCUCAAGGGUUUUCUCUCUGGAGCUUCCGCAGAUCGGAGGUAGAUGAUGCAGUCCUGAAACUUCAAGGCUGUCUCUUUCUUCAAGUGGGGAUUUCAAACAUGGGGAAGGAAAAUGUUGUCUCCCGUCCUCUCACUCGUGCCUUUGCGUCUGCUUUGCGCGCUUCUGGAGCGGCGGCUUCUACUACUACUACUACACAGAAUCAACAGAGAGCAAGCACAAAAAGACCAGCCUCGGAGGACGUGAACAACGUCACUGCACCUAAUAAGAAGAAGAAGCGAGCUGCUCUUGGUGAUAUCUCAAAUGGUACCUUCAAUGAAGUUAAACUCGAGGCUAAAGACAUCGUCAAGCAGGUAAAGAAGAGUCAGGGGUUGGCUACUUGUGUUACUUCAGAAGUCACAGAUCUUCUUCAGUCCGGGACCGAUGCAAAAGCUGAACUUGUAUCAGUGACUGCUGAUAACUGUAUCGAGAAACACAGAUUGCCUCCAAGACCUCUUGGGAGAUCAGUUGAGAAAAGUGCUGUGAUUGGUAGUUCAACUGAACUGGAUCUCCCGAAAUUCACAGACAUUGAUUCUGAUGACAAGGAUCCUUUACUGUGCUGCCUCUACGCCCCUGAAAUCUACUACAAUCUGCGUGUUUCAGAGCUUAAACGCAGACCUGUUCCUGACUUUAUGGAGAGGAUACAGAAGGACAUCACUCAGUCCAUGCGGGGGAUUCUGGUUGAUUGGCUUGUUGAGGUCUCUGAGGAAUACACGCUUGUACCUGACACUCUUUACCUCACAGUGUAUCUCAUAGACUGGUUCCUCCAUGGAAACUACCUGGAAAGACAGAGACUUCAACUCCUCGGCAUCACUUGCAUGCUAAUUGCCUCGAAGUAUGAGGAAAUCAAUGCGCCGCGCAUUGAAGAGUUCUGCUUCAUCACAGAUAACACCUACACAAGAGAUCAGGUCCUGGAGAUGGAGAACCAAGUACUUGCGCAUUUUAGCUUUCAGAUAUACACUCCCACUCCAAAAACGUUCCUAAGGAGAUUCCUCAGAGCAGCGCAAGCCUCUUACCUGAGACCGCGCCUUGAACUCGAGUGUCUAGCCAGCUAUCUAACGGAGUUGACGUUGAUAGACUAUCACUUCUUGAAGUUUCUUCCUUCAGUCAUCGCUGCUUCAGCUGUUUUUCUUGCCAAGUGGACAUUAGACCAGUCAAACCACCCAUGGAAUCCAACACUUGAGCACUACACAACGUACAAAGCGUCAGAUCUGAAAGCAUCUGUUCAUGCCUUGCAAGAUCUGCAGCUUAACACCAAAGGUUGCCCUCUGAGCGCUGUACGAAUGAAGUAUAGGCAAGAGAAGUUCAAAUCUGUGGCGGUUCUCAUGUCUCCAAAACUACUUGACACGCUAUUCUGAAGGGCUAAACCAACCGGUUCAACUCCUAACCGAUAAUAGAUCUCUGUGACAUUGAUGGUCCGGUUCGUCUUCAUUCAAUAUCUGUUACUCUUUUUGUUCAUAAAACAGUUUCCACAGUCCCCCAUUCAUCUAAUACCUGAUUAGAAUUCGGUUUAGCUCGGUUUAGUUGGAACUGGUGUUUGGUUCUUCCAAACACCAGACCAGGUUCAAUCUAAUCGGUAACAAGAGGUUAUUUUAGUUGUAUCGAGAAUGUACAUUUUCUCCCCAUCUUGAGGCGCAAUGUAAACAGUUUCGGGAAUUUCACACUAUUUAUGUAUUUUCCGAUGAGGUAAUUUAAGUAUUUACAUCAUUUUAUUACUA